AUGRYGAUUGUUGCAGCAUUUGCUGCUAUCAGCACAGUCAGUAGUCAGCUAGAAAUCUGCGUGUUAACGUGUAGGAAAGCCUCAAAUCUUGCAAGAAAUAUUGAAGAAAUUUCUAGCAGUUUGGAACUCGCGAACUUCAAGAAAAUUCAGAUUGCUGCCGUAGUGAAGAAUGUCGGAGAUGAAGAAAAGCAAAGCGAGGACAACUCCAAAGAGCAAGAAUCRACCAGUCCUGUUAGUUCUAGCGAGACUGGCGUUCAAGGGUGUGGCAUUGUUGAUGUAAUCACAUUGCAAAAAGAUCCAAUUAGUUUUCAAAGAUUCUUCAAGAUGUGGCUACUUGAUUGUGAAACUGAUCAGGAACACAUACGAAUAGAGUUGCCAAGUCCCUUCCCUCUUGGUAGCCAAGGUGCAGAAGCUAAAGAUGCCGACAUGUUGAUGAUCAAGUGCGAUAUCCAUGAACGCCUUAUCAACCCCGCACACCUUCCUUUUCGRUCACAGUUUGAGAUAAAUACCGAAGCUCUCUCUAAGACAUUAUUGAAUAAAUCAUGUUCGUCUUUGAUAUCCUACCCUGUACAUACCAUGAAAGUCGACAAACUUCUGAAAAGAGAAGCAAUCUGUGAAUCGGUGUUGUUUGGAAUGCCUUAUAUCAUACGUUCAACGGUUUGUUGGAAGCUAGACUGGGAGGAGCUGGAACGUAACCAACAGUACUUUCAUGCAUUCUGUAAUAUAUUACAAGAAAGGGACUUGGCUGCUCUGUUAAAAAUAGCAUGUGGACAACCAAGGCUACCUACAGGAUACUACAUCUUAAUGCCGUCACAUGGAAGUACAAUGUUACUCAAGGCAGUAGCAACAAAUGAACUGCUAUUACCUACAGACUUCAACCAAUCAGAACCCACUACAGAAACAACAGAACUCAUUGCUGCAUCGCUUGAUUUAAUUCAAGUCAAUGACUGUUUUAACCCUGUCUUCGUGGAGAGCGGCUUGUAUAAGAGCCUUGCAAAUCUGUCUCUCAAAGGAAUAAAGCAUCCUCUGCGACCAGCUAAAAAAGGUUUCCAAGCUCCAAAGAAAUAUCAAGAAGAAACACCCAAGCCCCCCCAAAGCAAGUCAAACCGUGCGUUACCAAAGCGUGUUGUAUUCGCUAAAGACAGUACGAAAGCUGCAAAACGAUCACGYACAGCUCCACCAUUAGACAUCUAUGUGUCUAGUCCAACUGAUCUUACAGAUGAUCCUUGAGAUCAGAGAUCAGCAUCACAAAAAAGAUUCAUCAGUUAUCUUUGCAAAAGCUUCCUAUAAAGCAAGGUUUGAGGACAUCAGAUUGUGGAAUAUAUAUACUAAAGUAUAUUCUAAAGGCAUAAACACCUUGAUUGUUAUCAUAUUGAYCAUGGAUAUUGAUAUCAUACGAAAUUGCAUGGCACUCAAACGGAAAAAAACGCUUGUUUGAGGUACUUUUCGACUUUAAGGCCAUUUUUCUUAGCUGGAUUUUAACGACUUUUCUAAGCGGAUUUGCAAUGGAAACGGCCGAAUCCGAUAAAACAAGAGAAUCAGAAAUCCAAAUUAGUGACUUCAAAUGUUUCCUAAUUGUAAACUAGUAACGACAAAAAAGCAUUGGAUUCUGUAUUGGUGGAAGUCAGUAUACUUGCGAAUUUGUUUAUUGAAUCGGAAUCCAAAAAAACGGCACUCCGCCAUUCUGUGACCAUGAGGUGAAUGAGUGAUGCUUUUAGCCUCCUCCGCAGGCAUCACAAAGAAUCACGGGCUUCCUGUCUUUUUGAGGAGUCAAAAGSGGU